AUGCGAUCUCGCAUGCAUUUACGACGGGUCGUUGAUGCAUACUUGUGCGUCGUUCUCUUUGGUGGAAGUGCUUUCGGCUACGACUGCGACGGGUGGCCUGAUCGGCUCGUCAGGAAAUUUGGAGAUCCGGUGAUCCCAGCCAGGAGGCUGUUGAAGGUGGAGAGAAGUUUGGAGGAUCUUUAUCUCCCACAGCCCCGGAGAAAUUCCAGCCGUGGACUCUUCCUUGUACUGGACCUUCGUGGGGCACGAACGGCGGACGACACGCAAGGUGUGAUUCGGGCUUGGGCCGAGCUGUCAGCACACUCGCUGCUGGCCUUGCGCGUCUCUAAACCCACCUCUGAUGUGCUACAGCUCUUGCGCCAAUUCUUUUUCGCCACGCAGCAGAGACAUUGGUACAAGAAGCCAGGUCCUAUGCCUGCCAUCAGCAAUGCAGACGAAAUUAGCUGCGACCCUUGCGGCUGCCUUGCUCAGAAAGCCAUUUCUGCAAACUUGCCCCCACAGGACUAUCACAACGCAGCUGCCAACUACUUAAGAUGGGAAGCGCGAGUGAGAGGCCAGCACCCAUUUUUUUCAGAAGCCCUGAAAUAUCAGACGGACAAAGUGACCUAUCACCGCUAUGAGCUGUUCUACCACCGGACGCUGCCCAGACGCCUAGAUCAUGAUGGUGGUGCCGGAUGCUUUCUGGAGAUUGGCUUCGGCUGCGUUGCAUUCGUUCGGGGGGUUGCUCUCUCUGCAGGCAUUUGGCCGGUCGUCUUUCCAGGUGCCAAAGUGCACAUUCUGGAAAUCGACGGGCCCUGCGUUCAGAAUCUUUCGACCUGGCUUCAGAAGCAAAACUACAGCGUUCAUGUAGUGGAUGCAAGCGCGGUUCUGGAGCUGGAGCGGUUGAAACAUGACGUUUUCCAGCGAGGAUGCCCGCAGGGGUUGCUCAGUGUGGUCGUCGACGACGGUUCACACAACAGCUCCGACCUUGUGACCACUUUCCUGAGCUUGUAUCCCUCCUUGAAGCCCGGAGGCCAGUACUACAUGGAGGAUCUAGGCCUCACCUCCUACAACGUUUAUGAUUCCCUCGAACCCAUGACGACCAAAGGGCAAGAACGACCAGGCACGGCCUUCUUUUUCGUUGCUUCCCUUCUCCGCGGUCUCUUCGCCAAGUGGCCUCGGCCCUAUGCUCCCUUCCAGGAUGUCGGGCUCCUCCGCUGCUGGCUCAACAUUUGCCUCAUCGAGAAAUCUCAGUGA